AAGAAAUUUGUCUUCCUCCUCCUGCUGCUGCUGGUGGGGGUGGAAUAUUUCAUACUACAUCCACCUAGUUUUUAUUAACAUGGAUUUAUGAACCACGAAACGAAAUAUAACCACUGCCAAUGGUUGCUCAAGUGUAACGUAACAUUCAUGAAUUCUACCGCCCCCUUUGCUAAAUCUCUCUAUCUCGAUCCCUGGAUUCAUUCAUGGCUUGGGAAUAAAAGAAAACGUAUAAAUAAUACAGAGACGGAAAACUGGUGUCACUUCUCAACAUCAUUGGCAUUGCUACUGUAAUCUUUCAGAACGCAGGAUAAAAAGCUCUCUAGUCUCUUUGUUUGUCGCGAAGAGGGGAUUUUCGUUGUACAAGUAAACCUGCGCGUAGGGCCUCCCCCUUUGCAUAUAAUCAACAAUCGGUUUUGUUUGUUUUGGAUCAAUAAAAACAGUGAAACCUUUGAGAGCUGGAAUUUCUUUAGCUGAGCACGCUUCAUCACCAAUAAGAAGAAGAAGAAGAAGAAGAAGAAAGGAGGAGGAGGAGGAGGAAAAUUCGUCUUUUCGUGCAAGCAAUAGAUGCCCGUCCCCCUUUUUUCUUUUUUUUUUUUUCUUUUGUGGUGAACUUCUUACCUUUCAAUUGGAUUUUUGUGCGUGAUUAUGCGGUUGGGACUGACUUCGUACCAGAGCACUGUAGUAGUUUUUGUCAGUAAAUUUAACUCUUUGUACUUUUCCUAUUUUUAAUUGUGUCUUUGCUGUCUCGCUCUACUCUUGUCUUCCUCUCCAUAUUCAGUUUAUUGGGGUUCUCUUCGCUGGCUCCAAGAUUAAUUGCUUUCGGUUUCUUGGGAGCGGAUUGAGUUCUUCUUCGUUUGCCGAAACCCCCAAGCCUUGGAUUAUUGGCAACUUGGUCUCCUCGAUCGGACUCCUGAUAUUCAUCUACUAAGCUUGCUUCUUUUGGGGGAUUUUGAACAUGGCAUCUGAGGUGGAAUUUGACGAUGGGGGCAGCGAAACUAAGGGGAGCAUGUGGGUUUUGGAGCAGACGCUGGAUCAGCCCAUGGAUGAAGAGGCUGCAAGACUUAAGAAUAUGUAUAGAGAAAAGAAAUUCUCGGCAAUUUUGCUCUUAAGGCUUGCAUACCAAAGUCUAGGAGUGGUAUAUGGAGAUUUGGGAACAUCUCCUUUAUAUGUGUUCUACAAUACUUUUCCUCGUGGAAUCGAAGACCCAGAGGAUGUUAUAGGAGCCCUUUCAUUGAUUAUAUACUCAUUGACAUUGAUACCUCUCCUCAAAUAUGUGUUUGUUGUGUGUCGAGCAAACGACAAUGGUCAAGGAGGAACUUUUGCCCUUUAUUCGUUGCUAUGUAGGCAUGCCAAAGUUAAAACGAUUCCCAAUCAGCACCGGACUGAUGAAGAGUUGACAACUUAUAGCCGUAGCACAUUUCAUGAACAUUCGUUUGCUGCUAAAACCAAAAAAUGGCUAGAGGCUCAUGCUCUCCGAAAGAAUGCUCUUCUUAUACUAGUACUUGUAGGGACAUGCAUGGUGAUUGGCGAUGGCAUUCUCACUCCUGCUAUAUCAGUUCUCUCUGCUUCUGGUGGGAUAAAAGUGGACCACCCAAAAAUGAGCAAUGAUGUGGUGGUACUUGUUGCUGUAUUCAUAUUAGUUGGUUUAUUCAGCAUGCAACAUUAUGGGACGGAUACGGUUGGCUGGCUUUUCGCCCCAAUUGUACUGCUGUGGUUUCUGAUGAUUGGAGGCAUUGGUAUCUUCAAUAUAUAUAAACAUGAUAGCUCGGUUCUGAGAGCGUUUUCCCCUGUGUACAUAUACCGCUAUUUUAAAAGAGGGAAGAUUAAAGGUUGGACGUCGCUUGGAGGGAUCAUGCUCAGUAUCACAGGAACAGAAGCACUUUUUGCUGAUCUUGCUCAUUUUCCAGUUUCAGCCAUAAAACUUGCCUUCACCGUAAUUGUGUUUCCUUGUCUUCUUUUGGCAUACUCUGGGCAGGCAGCAUACCUCAUGGAAAAUAGUGAACAUGUAGCUGAUGCGUUUUAUCGAUCAAUUCCAGAUAAAAUAUACUGGCCAGUUUUCAUUGUUGCAACACUAGCUGCUGUUGUUGCUAGCCAGGCCACGAUAUCAGCUACAUUUUCAAUAAUCAAGCAGGCCCUUGCUCUUGGGUGUUUUCCAAGAGUGAAAGUAGUGCACACAUCAAAGAAGUUUCUGGGGCAGAUAUAUAUUCCUGACAUGAAUUGGAUCUUAAUGAUUCUUUGUAUUGCCGUCACUGCGGGGUUUAGAAACCAAAGUCAGAUUGGCAAUGCAUAUGGGACUGCCGUGGUGAUCGUGAUGCUGGUGACCACCCUUCUGAUGACGCUGAUAAUGCUGCUCGUCUGGCACUGCCACUGGAUCCUGGUGCUGCUCUUCACCCUGCUCUCGCUGGUGGUGGAGUGCAUGUACUUCUCCGCAGUUCUGUUCAAGGUGGAUCAGGGCGGUUGGGUCCCGCUGGUGAUCGCUGCUGCCUUCCUCGUCAUCAUGUACGUCUGGCACUACGGGACCGUUAAGCGCUAUGAGUUCGAGAUGCACAGCAAGGUCUCCAUGGCCUGGAUCCUAGGCCUCGGGCCCAGCCUGGGGCUCGUCCGUGUUCCCGGGAUCGGCCUCGUCUACACCGAACUAGCAAGCGGGGUGCCCAACAUCUUCUCCCACUUCAUCACCAAUCUGCCAGCCAUACAUUCGGUGGUGGUGUUUGUGUGCGUCAAGUACCUCCCGGUCUACAUGGUCCCUGAGGACGAGAGGUUUCUCGUCAAGCGGAUCGGCCCCAAAAGCUUCCACAUGUUCCGCUGCGUGGCGCGAUACGGCUACAAAGACCUGCACAAGAAGGACGACGAUUUUGAGAAGAAGCUGUUUGACAAUCUCUUCAUGUUUGUGAGGCUGGAGGCCAUGAUGGAGGGGUGCUCCGACUCUGAUGAAUACAGCCUGUACGGGCACGGGCAACAGCAGCAGUCUAGAGGGGAAUCCUCCGAGGCUCCGACUUGUUCGGCGGACUCGAUUGUGUCAGCGGUGGCAGCAGCAGCCCAUAUGAGCAACACAAACACAGUGACAAUGACGACGGAGAUGGAUGAGCUGGAGUUCUUGAGUAGUUGUAGGGAUGCUGGGGUAGUCCACAUUCUGGGGAAUACAGUAGUUAGAGCGAGGAGGGAAUCCAGGAUUUACAAGAGAAUAGCCAUUGAUUAUAUAUAUGCAUUUCUUCGCAAGAUUUGCAGGGAGAAUAGCGUGAUUUUUAAUGUACCCCAUGAAAGCCUUCUAAAUGUGGGUCAGAUUUUCUUUGUGUAGAGAGAGAGGGAGAGGGAGAGAGUCACUCUGCUACAGAUUCUGAGAGCAGAGUAGGGCAGAGCUUGAAGCUGCUACCAAGACAAUGCAAGCAAAGCUUUACAUUUGAGUUGUCGACCAAUCUGAAAUUGUGUAUUUAUUAUGUACAUAAAGAAAGCGGGUGGCUCUUUUUGGUUGUACAA